AUGGACGGCUCGCCCGAACACGAUCCUGAUCAUCCUGAUUAUCAUCGUUUCAUCCGGGCUGUUCAACGGCAGGCGCUUCCCGCGGCUUCCCUGAGUGAUCCCACGCCAGUUCUUCCCCAAGUAAGUCCCUUUCGCACCCCGGAUCCGCCACGCACAGCCCUGCUUCCGCCCUUCCCCGGGAGAAUCGCCCGUCUCGCCGCUUCCCCGGGCCAGCUCCCCCGCGCGUAUUCCGGCAACACGAUUCCCGGCGCGGCGUCCAGCAGCAGCAGCAGCGGCGGCACCGCCAGCAGCUCGCAGAGCCGGCAGUCUGGGCUCCGUCUGACGCGGCGGCUGGAUCUGGCGGCCGCGGAAAGCGGCGCCUCUGGCCGAGAAGGCGGCGACCUCCGCGGAAGUAGUGGUGGCGGCGUCCGCGAGCAGCGCGGCCGCAAGCAGCGGCGGAUCUUACCGAGCGAAGAUGAGGUAAAAGCCGCUGCCGCUGGACAUUUGGGCGGCCACGUGGCUGCCCAUUUUGGAGCCCACGUGGCAGGUCACUUGGGUGGCCACGACGCUGCCACGUUUCAGAGUUGGCAAGGAGGGGAGGGAGGGCGGAUAGAGGGCGGGAUGCUGGCGGGGGAGAUUCAAAGAGGGUUUGGGGAUUUGGGUGGAGGGCUGGGCGGACGCAUGGGAGGGGUUGGACGCAGUGGUGGGAGAAUGGAUGAGGGGAUGGGUGGCGGGAUGGGAGGAGGAUUGGGGGGAGGAGUGAGGUGGGGGGGAAUGAGUGGGGGAGUGAAUGAGGGAAUGAAUAGGUUGGAAGGGAUGAGAGGCGGCAGGAUGGCAGGGCAGGGUAUAGAACCACUCCCUUCAGCCAUCCCGACCGAAUUAAGCGCUACUCUCUCCCUAAGCACCGCUAAUACAGCUGCUGAUUUCCACCGUGCCGCCCCGGGAUUCUGCAUGGCCGCCCCGCUACAGCCGCUGGCAAGAGGCUCGCUGGGCGGCAGUGGUGGCAGCGGUGGCGGCGGGCUGCUGUAUGAGUGCAGAUUCUGUGGGAAGGGAUUUGCGCAGUCCCAGGCGCUCGGAGGGCAUAUGAACACUCACCGCCGAGGUUGUGCUCGCCUGGGAGCGGGAGAGGCGCAGCUGCUCCUGGCUCUCUCCCAGGGAGCUUCCAUGGUGGAACCAGGCGCAAUGACCCAAGCAGCGCCAAUGGCCCAAGCAGCUCCAAUGGCCCAAGCAGGACUCACAGCAAUCCCGCAGGGCGCAUCCGGUGCACCUCUUGCAGCAGCGGCCCACGUAGAACUCAACCCAGAAGCAGCUCAUGCAACACAGAGAGCACAGCAGGGUCCCUCCUUCCAAGGUCCCUCCAUUCAAGGUCCUUCGCUUCAAGCCACCUCUCUUCAGGAUCCUUCCAUCACAGCUCUUAUAGCGCAGGCCCAGAACCAGGCAGCAGCUGGCGUAAUGCAGACCGCAAUGCAGGGUCAAGGCGCUUCACUUCAAGCCGCCUCCCUUCAGCUGACCUCCCUUCCUUAUCCGUCUCUUCAAGACCCCUCAUUCGCAGCUCUUAUAGCGCAGGCCCAGAACCGGGGAGCAGCUGGUGUAAUGCAGCCAGCAAUGCAGGGCCAAGGUCCCUCGCUUAAAGCCGCGUCCCUUCAUUAUCCGUCUCUUCAAGAUCCCUCAUUCGCAGCGCUUCUAGCGCAGGUUCAGAAUCGGGCCGGAGUGCAACAACAAACAGCAGCGGCGCAGCAGGCAGCAGCGCAACAACAAACAGCAGCGGCGCAGCAGGCAGCAGCACAGCAACAGGGAGCAGCACAGCAACAGGCAGCAGCACAGCAGCAGGCAGCAGCACAACAACAGGCAGCAGCACAACAACAGGCAGCAGCACAGCAUCAGUCCGGCACCACACUCACAGGGCGAGCAGCACGCGCCAUCUCACGUGCCGAGGGAAGGAUCUUAGAGGCGCUUGCUGAAUCGUCUUCAGCACACGCCGUUCCAAGUGCCCCAGCACACGCCAUUCCAAGUGCCUCGGCACACGCCGUUCCAAGUGCCUCGGCACACGCCGUUCCAAGUGCCGAGGCACAUGAUUCUCUGCUUCUGAUGGAUCUAGCGGCGCUGCAGGCACAGCAUGAGCAGGAGGUGGUGUGGCAGCAGAGGCUGCUGCUGCAGCGGCAGCAGCAGGAGCAGCAGGAUCAGAAGGAGCAGCAGCAGCAGCAGCAGCAGCAGCAGCAGCAGCAGCAGCAGCAGCAGCAGCAGCAGCAGCAGCAGCAGCAGCAGCAGCAGCAGCAGCAGCAGCAGCAGCAGCAGCAGCAGCAGAAGCAGCAGCAGCAGCAGCAGCAGCAGCAGGCAACAGCAGGAGAAGGAGCGGGAUCCGGAGGAGGAGAAGGGGAUGAUCAAUUUCUGGAAGAGGGUUACAUUAUGGGUACGUUGGGGGUGAGGCGAAAUAAGCCAGGCGAAGAAGCCGGCAGGAGUGACGAGAGCCUGUGGGAUGAAGAAGCGGGAGAGAGGGGAGGUGGGUGGAUAGAGGGAGGAGAAGGGACAGCAGGGCACAAGACGGUGCCUGGUAUCGGAAGGAAGAGUGGUCGUAGAGUGGUGAGUGGAGUGGUAAGUGCAGUGCAGAGGUGA